AUGUCAGCUUAUGAUGCAUUUUUGACAACACUUGUUCGUGGGUCGCAGGCGGAUGAAGCCAUUAAGUUCCUUCGGGUGAUGAAGGGGAAGAAUUGCUUGCCAGGUUUGAAAUUUUUCUCUAAUGCACUCGAUAUGCUUGCUAAGCAAAAUGAUUUUACCCACGCCAUCCCUUUGUGGGAUAUAAUGAUGGGUAGUGGUUUGUUGCCUAAUUUGAUUAUGUAUAAUGCAAUGAUUGGCUUGCUUUGCAACAACAAUGAUGUUGACAAUGCAUUUCGGUUGCUUGAUGAGAUGGUCUUUAAUGGAGCUUUUCCGGAUUUUUUGACCUACAAUAUAAUUUUCCGAUGGUUGAUCAAGAACAAGAAGGUUGACCAGGUAGGCAAGUUCUUCUAUGAGAUGGUCAAGAAUGAAAGCCCUCCAACCCAUGUUGAUUGCUCUGUGGCCAUUGCGACAUUGAUCGACGGUGAUGACCCUGAAAUGGCUAUUGAGAUAUGGAACUACAUGGUUGAGAACCGUGUCUUGCCUCUUGAUGGAAGCGCAAAUGCGCUUCUCAUUGGGUUUUGUAAUUUGGGAAGGAUGUCACAGGUGAGGCAGUUUGCAGCAGAUAUGCUUGAUAGAAGAAUAAAUAUAAAUGAAUCAACUAUGAAGAAGUUGAAGGAUGCUUUUUAUAACACGGGAACACAUGGAAGAGACAAUUAUGAUAGUCUCACGAGGAGAUGGAAAGCUCUUUAG